AGUCUGGUCGGCUUUGUCCCUUUGUCGUUGAACCACUUUGGGUUCCUGCGUUCUUGUCUAAUCUAAGCUGUACUACUGUUUGCAGGUAAAUUCUGCUUUAUCGAGUUUUGAAAACAAUCUUUGGAAUUUUAGAAAACUAAAUAUACCAUUAAAUUUAGUUUAUUUGCUAUACAUUUUUGUAAUCAUUAUUAUUAUAAGAAUUUCAAUGAAACUUCAAUCUUCUAUUAGUGCUUAAAACGGUUCACCAUUAUUCAAGUUUCAGAGACCCGUGUAAUGUAUGAUAUCGUGUAAACCGGAGAGAAUGGAGGUUGCGGCAUUGAAUCCACCUUCUAAACCGCUGGACGAAUUUGUUGUACUCCCAUCAGACUUCAUUUCAUCUUUAACCAGGAAAAGGGAUCCGCAGUUUUUUGAUAAUGAAAAAGAUGACUCUGACCAAUCAGUUCCAACUGGAGAAAAAGAUGUAGCUUCCACUGAACAAGAGAUUAUGGUGAUAGAUGAUGAUGAUGAUGACGAGAAUGACAAAAAUUAUGAGAAUGAUAAAAAUAAAGAGAAUGACAAAAAUGAUAGGGAUGACAAGAAUGAUGAUAAUAAGAGUGAGGGUAGUGAUGAUUGUCAAAUUGUUAAUGAUUAUUCUAACAGUGCAGCCGAGUCAGUGACAGCCAAGUAUCCAGCAGCGACAACUCCAAGUAGCAGUAAUGGCGUAUCUCAUGAUGAAUCAUCUUGCGAAGUCCCUAGUAGAUAUUUAGAUGAAGGAGACCACAACAACGACCACAAUUACUGUGGUGACAAUUCAACGGAUUCGGAAAAAAAUCAAAAUGAGGUAGUGGAAGUGGAUACCGAUUCAUCUAAAAGUAAAUGCAAGAAAGAAGAUCCAGCAUUAAUCAUUAUUACUGGCGAAGAAAGGAAAUUUCGAGAAGAUCUGAAAGGAAAUUUCUCUUGCUUAGACUACCGACUGCAUUGUACAAUUUGUGAUUCGCAUCUCGGGACGCAAUCCAACUUCACAGCACAAGAGCGAGUAUCGCUGCACCCAAAGUUGGGCGUUCUAGUGUGCGCUCAGUGCAAACGAAAAUUUUCAAUAAACCAAGAUGUUUCGCGCACUGGUCUCCACUUCAAUGCUUGUUGCUGGUGCAAUGUGCAAGAAGUAGAAUUGAAGAUUCAGCGAUGCAGCGAGUGUCCGUGUGUCUUCUGUGAGACAUGUAUAAGAAGGAAUCUUGGAAGUUUCGAGUUGAAUACUGUGAAGAAGAAAAUUGAAUGGAAAUGUUAUCUAUGCGUAAAUAAACCAAUAUGGCGAUUGAGACUGAUUGCAUGGGAGCUUAUACAGUACAUUAGGAAAAAACGUAUACAUUUUAGGAAGUCAUUCCCAAAUGCAGCCCCAGACGUAAUGGAAGAUGUUGACAUCUCACGCUGUUGUAAAUCUCUUGUUAGAAAUCAAUGUAUUCAACCAGCUCAAAGUAAUCACAUGGAACAGCAAUCAGCUUUACGGAAAAUUCUGGCUAAACCUCACGAAAAUGGGCAGACGGAAAGAUCACUAUACUCCAUACCUGUUGAACCUAGACCGCCAUCACAGCAAUCAACUUAUGCAACGCCUUUAUUCUCUUUAACUAGUGACAUGGGUAAUGCUAACCCAAGUAAUGUCAACUCAACGGCAGCUCAAAAUAUUAAUAACGGACGUUUUGUAGACGCACAAAAAUACUCCUCAGUAUCAUCAUACAUUGGAAACAUCAAUGUUACAAGACCAGAUCCCUUCUCAGGAGGUAACAUGGCUUAUGGGCAGCCUACUGGAUUGGAUAUCAGUGCACAGAAUGUGAGAAACGAGAUUCGGCCUCCACAACCUCACCCAUCAGUUCAUAAUCGUUUUAGCACACAAGUUGACCCACAAAUGCACCAAAUUGUUGCCCCACAAGUGCACCAAAUCGUUGCCCCACAAGUGCACCAAAUUGUUGCUCCACAAGUGCACCAAAUUGUUGUCCCACAAGUGACAAGUGCACCAAAUUACCCCAACGCUAACUUGCCUCAAAAGCCUCUAGGCAAUAAAAGAAAAUAUUCGUCACCAAACAUUCAAUGGAUAGAAAAUACAAUUCGGUCGACAUCAAUCCUAUUAGCUUCAUGCAGUGAACGUUUGAGCAAAAUCGAGAAAGUAGCGAAUGACGGCUACGUGAGAAGCUACAGGGAGAUUCGGUUAGCAUGCGCACUGCACGAUUUCGCACAACUAGCCAUCGCUAAAUUUCAAGAGAUCGAUUCUCAAAUAUUGGAAAACUACUGGUUGAUACGGCAAACUGCAGGCAAAAGUUAUAAAGUAUUCAGCUUUGAUAGUAUUGCUGCAGAGUAUGGCAACCUGCUUGACGACCCCGACCAUGAGUUGGAUCCGGGAUCAUUCUUGGAAGUACAGAUGGAUGGUGUCAAAUCUAAUUCCGAGCAAUCUGAAAGUAAUUCUGAGAAUAAAGACAAGAACAGUAAUUCUGAAUAUAAAUACAAGAACAGUAAUUAUGAGCAUCAGAAAGCAAUUACUAUUUUCAAGCGUCCCAUUUUGCAGCUUGAGCGAUGUGAUCAACCUCCCAGCCCCUAUAAGAGUAAGUUGUCGACUACAAUGAAAACCAACAAGACAAGUUUUGUGCAGUAUUCAAAUAAAAUUCGAAGUUUGAUUGAAAAAUAUGGAAUCUCCGAGUCUCAAGUAGUUCUGGUACCGGUAGAACGUACGAAGCAUUUCAAAUAAGACUAUAAUGAUAUUAUAAACAUUUGAAAUGAAGUGAACCCUUCAAUGUGUACAUAAACUAUUAUUUUUCAUUCACGGAUAAAUGUACCUGUUGUAUUUGUUGGGUGUUCAAAAAUACACCUCUCCUAAGUCAUUUUCUCUUGAAAUUUACUUGAUUCGUCAAGGAUCAAUUAUCCACAUUCUAAUUAAUAAUUAAUAUUCAGUUAUAAACAUCAACUCCAAUAAUUGUUGUAUUUUCAAUUGCAUUGAACUUCUGUAUUCUCAUUGAGAGUAUUUCUCCUCAUUAUUUUUAAAAAUUCAAUCUAAUUUUCAGAAUUCCGGAAUCUAUAAUUAUGAAUCAGAAGUUGGAAAAAUAAAUCAAGUUUUGAUUGAAUAAAAUAGAAGUUAUCGAAUCUUUAUUUGUGUACAAGUAAUUGCUGCCAUCAAUAUUGAAUAUUGAACUGAUCUUCAUUUAUUGGUUUCAUCGACAAGUUAUUAGAGAAGUGUACCCAUUAUAUAUGAUGUAUAGAAGAUGAUUUACUAUAAGAAAUGUCCUAAUUUCAACUGACUGUUUAAUUGAGAAUUAAACUUUAACGUUAAAAUAA